AUGCUAAGAAGCAAAAGAAAAAAAAAAGGUUCGACGUCACUCGAAUCGGGGGCUGGAGCAAUAUUGUCCCCCCGCCCUAUCGCAAUAGCUGAAAGAUGGGCACCCCUCACAAUUUUUUUUCGCUUUUUUUAUUAUCCUCACAUUAACACUUUUUUAAUAAUGGCUUCAAAGAUCAUUGGUUGUGCUCAAAGCACUCUCGGCAAACUCUGUGCUCUUCAAAAGCCUGUCGUUUUCAACGCCAAGGUUGCAGCUGAAGUUGCCAAGCAAGUGUAUGUCAAGGAAGGUAUGGCUUUCCCCACCGGUGCCCAAUUCGCCGAAGCCCAAAAGACUCUCCAACAAUCCUUAAAGCUCAACCAACUCAAGAACUUGACCUUCACUGACGUUGCAAAGGGUGGUGUCGUCCUUGCCGAAAUCUAUACCUUCUUCCUUAUUGGUGAAAUCGUCGGUCGUAGAAACUUGAUUGGUUACAAUGUUAAGUCUGAAGAAACCCAUGAUCAUUAAAUUAUACAUAUACAACUACUGUUCGAAUACAACACAUCAACCCCAUUAUUAAAGAGUUCAAUUUUGUCUAUAUGUUAUGUUUGCAAAGGAUUGUUAUAUAUGUUAAAAAAAAGGCACGAGGAUUUGUUUGUUAUUUAUACAGUGGUUUAUUAAAUUCUAAAUAUCUUGGACUAU